AUGCGAUUGUUCAGUCGACGCCAAGCAAAAACUCAAGCAAAAAUAUUAAACGAUGAUAAUAAUAAUUAUCCUUCCAAUGUUAAAUUUGCUUUUAAUACAAAAGCUCAUUUAGUUGAAAAGCCUCAACCGUAUCCACCAAUUAAAAAUGGUCUAGUUUGUACUGUUGUUUUCCUCGAUGGUGAAAACGUGAAUUUUGAAGUCGAUCGUAAAGCUCUUGGUAGAGAUCUUUAUGAUAAAGUAAUCAUUCAUACAAAACUUAUUGAAUCCGAUUACUUUGGUCUUCAAUUUACUGAUACACAUAAUGUUGAACAAUGGCUUGAUGCAACUAAAUCUAUUAAAAAACAACGUAAAACUGGACCACCGUACACAUUUCGAUUUCGUGUUAAAUUUUAUACGUCGGAUCCACGAAAUCUUCAUGAGGAAUUAACCAGAUAUUUAUUUGUACUUCAACUUAAAGAUGAUAUUCGCACGGGUAAAUUAGAUUGUCCGUCUGGUUCAGAUGUUGAGCUGACUGCAUUGUCUAUGCAAGCUGAAUUAGGAGAUUAUACUAGUGAUGAACAUUCAACUAAUAAUGUAUUUGAAUAUCGUUUUCUACCAGAUUAUAAACAUACAGAACAAUUCGAACAAGAUGUUAUACAAAAAUGGACAACAUACAAAGGUUUAACACCAGCUGAUUGUGAAGUUCAGUUUUUAAAUAAAGCGCGAUGGUUAGAAAUGUAUGGCGUUGAUUUACAUACAGUUACGGGCAAAGAUUGCUUGGAGUAUAAACUUGGUUUAACUCCAACUGGUAUUCUUGUAUUUGAAAACGAAGUCAAAAUUGGUUUAUUCAUUUGGUCAAAAGUAACACGUAUUGAUUUCAAUCGUAAUAAAUUAACAAUCAUUGUUAUUGAAGAUGAUGAUAAUGAUCCACGCUUACAACGUGAUUUUGUCUUUUUAUUUCGUUGCAAUGACGAAAAAGAAUGUAAACACUUUUGGAAGUGUGCAUUAGAAUAUCAUGUUUUCUUUCGUACAACAUCAGCAACUAAACUUAAAAAAAAUGCAAAAUCAAGUUUCACGCGUACCGGAUCAAGAUUUCGAUUUAGUGGCCGAACCGAAUGCCAAACUGCAGCAUUAGCAACUUUACCAAAUCGUAAUACGAAUUUUGAACGUAAAGCAUCGCAUCGUUUUUCACGACGAGCAUCGUACGCAAUAAGAAAAAAGCUGCAAGAGCAAGAAACUUUACGCGAACAAGAAGAUGAACGUUUAAAAAAAUUAAAAUGUGAACAAGAAGCAAAGUUCGAUGAAAACAAAAAAAUAGCAGAAUUCAAAUCUGUGACAAAUUCAUUUCUAUCAAAUCAUGAUUUAACAUUAACUUCUAAACGUUCAUCUUCCUUAUCAUCAUCACAAAAGAAUUUAAGUUUAUCAGCUACUCAGCGUCUUGAUAAUCUCAUUCAAGGAUCUUCGAAUGAUUUAUUAUUUGAGGAAACUGAAGCAAAUGCAAAGUCAGCAAACCUUCCCCCUACACCACCAGUUCCUCCUCGACAAAUAAAAUCUGAUGAUAAAACAACUCCACCAUUAGUUCUUACCAAACAAUCCAAUCCAGUAAAUGCUUGCUCGGUCAACAAUAACAAUGUCAAUACAACAAACGACUUAUCACAGGACUUAAUCUCUAAUAAUCAUCAUAUUGGUAACGAUCAGACAAUAUUCAUUCAAAAGUCACCACAAAAAACACCAAAAUCUCUAACGAACGGAAAUGUAUCGCGUACCGAUAAAAUGAACAGUACGUCCAAUCGAUAUACAUUAGCAAGCAGUCAUCCAGCACCUUAUGUUGUUAAAGAAGAAACAUCUACUGAUGAUUUGGAAACAAAUAAAACUAAUAGUAGCAGCUCUAAUAAAAUAUCUUUAUUUAAUAAGUUUCCUCUAUUUGGUGUCCCUAUAACGCAAUCAUCACAUGAUGAUAAUAAUCGUGCAAUGUACGAUAACAUUUUACAUUAUUGUCUUAAUCCAUUGAAUGAUUCAAAUUCAAUUUAUGCGAAAUUUGAUUUUCGUCAUCGAAGUUUAACUUUAAGGAAUCAAGAGGAACAAUUUGAAAAACGUUGUGCUAAUUAUGAUAAUUUAUCAUAUCUUGUUAUUGAUGGAAUAUCAUCGAAAAAAAAUUCAAACAGAGGAAAUGGAAAAAUAGCUUCUUGUAAAGAUUACUUUGCUGCUACUAAUAGAUUUAUUUUUUAA